AUGCCCCAGAAACGAGGGACUCCAUCCAUCAAUACACUGAUCCCACCAGAUACUGGCUUACCACAGGCAGGUUCCCGUUCGCCUGGUUCCUCGUUUCCCCGCUCUGUCUCGCCGUCUACCGGUUUCUCUCAGCUAUUCAAGCCCCAGAAAUGGUUCACGCGAUCUGUCUCUAGUGGUGCCGUACCGGGACGCACCUCAAUCAGCUCGAACGAACCACGAUCCAGUUCAAGUUCUGUCAGGAAGCCGAAGAUAUCCCAUCCCACUGACCCCCGCCCCAUCCUCGAUCAACUACACCCGGAACCCACACUACAUAUCCCAAGCGGAAGCAGAUCUGUGUACGACCUGUCUCUGGGGAGGACAGCUACUCACUACGAUGACAGCCAAGGUGGAUCCGUCUCCCGUGACCUUUCGUCUCCGUCGCGUGGUCUAACAUCAAGAGGACUUGGCGACCUAAGAGGCAUGUCGCGAAAGCCGUGGUCUAAGUCGGCAGACGAUCUCGGAAAGCUCGCGCGUCCAGCUUCACCUAGUUUGAGCCUUGUCGACACGUUGUUCCAGGACAAAGUGCAAAGCUACAGGAACAACCGAAACGACAGCGUAAGCAGCGGUAACUCACCGUCACCCCAAAGCUCUACCUCGUACCCGUUCCCUGUGAUCAGUACCACUACCGUUGAGACCCCCUCGUCCUCUCCGCCGAAUCGUAGCGGCCUUCUUACGUCAGGCUCUUCGUCUGCGAGCCCUGGCACAUCUCCGGUCACGCCCUUGUCGCAGACAUCGGGUCAUGCGCAUGCGCGCUCGCACUCAUUCACCCCUCGGUUGCCCUCGAAGUUAACUUCCCCCAAGUUAAGCAUGGUUCCUCCCAGUCCAAAGCGGAAAAAUUACUCCGCUUCAGACGCAGAGUCGAGCAAGGACAAAGUAGGACAAAGCUCAAGUAACGCAAGCUCUGGCUCAUCCUCUAGGGCGGCUUUCCCCUUCGGCUUCGGUGGUUCUUCUAGCGGCAGCCGAUCUGCGUCCCCCAUGAAUAUUGACGUGCCUACCCCUCUGGAUCGACCUGGUGUAUCUUCAUCUCUUCUUGCCCCGCCGACAAUCGUCGAGCCGGGAAGCGAAGAUUCCAAGAGUGAAAAGCGCUCGUCUCAGCUCGUCUACAGUCAAGGCUUCAUCAAUCGCCUCAUGGAAUUCUCGCCCACGGCUUUGAACUCUAAGGCGCAUCAGUCCUACAUGUCGGGUUACGGUGGGCUCACCCUCGCGAAGGGUUGGAAGCCAUUCAAGCUGGUACUCAAAGGCUCAAAGCUGUACUUCUACAAGCCUCCUUCGGAUCGAAGUGCUGGUAUUAAGGAGCUAUUCCCCACGGAGUUGGUCGUCGUUUUGGAAGAUGAAGGCGUUACGGAAGAACCCCAAGAGUUGCAGGAUUUCGAUAUCUCCCAGCGAGGUGGCAAGGGCAAAGAGCGGGAGGAAGGCCGACGAAAGCGGGCAUUCUGGGGUAGCAGCACUCAUCCGUCUUUGGUUUUCAAGGACGGUGCCGUCGAGAAGGGCACAUAUGACUCUCUGAUUCAUGAAGCUGUGUUCCACACGACAUUCCGCGACCCUGCGAGCGCUGAUGAACUCUCCUCUGGAUGGCGCGACUUCUCUUCAGCGAUUAUAUGCGCGCUCCCUGCCGUCGUAGACCGCGCGCAAUUCGAGAAUGAAUUCCGCAGAUGCUGUACCAUGCUGGUUGAUACUACAGGGGCCGACGAAAGGAUGCAGCAGACGGCCCGGGAGAAAGUGUGUUGGCUAGGUGAUUUGUAUGUCGCCUACCAUGGUCAGCCAGUCGAGAGCGCUGCCUGGGGCGACUGGUGUAACACUACCAUAUCUAACUUCCCCGCACCUGGUGAAGCUACGUCGAAACCGGGAGGUCUUUCCCAGUCCUCCUCCAUGCAGGGCCUGUACAGCGCAUCGCCUGACGUUUUGUCCGCCACGGAGAUAAGCGGAGCUGUUGGUUCUCCCGACCUGGGUGCGUUUUCUCCGCGCCCUGGUGGAGGAGAUCGUAUAAUGUCGCUGUUGGACGCCCUGGGCGGACCACCGCAGCCCAAGGCGCCCGCUCCCUCGCGCAUCAAGCCCUGGCACGCUGUGCUUAAUCGCAACGGCUUUAACAGGGACAUCCUGAUGAACCUGGACCCACAGGUUAUCGCGCGGAGUUUGUACGUUCACAAUCUGCGCGCUCUGCAGAAAACUCCCCAUAACGUCACCGUCACCGCAUGUCUUAAAUCCGAGCACGGAGAGCAUCCCGAACACGAGUCGACUUCUGUCUCUGAUGCGCCCGCCCCAGCGCAUUCUCCGCUCGCGCCAUUCGUUGGCAUCGACGGGGAACUCCAUUGGCUCACGAGGAUCGUCCUCUUCCAGGUCCUCAUGUCCGAGUCAACAACAGCCCAUUCCUCGUCUACCUUCGCGGGAAGCUCGAUUGACGCGCGAAGUACCCAUCCAACACGAAUACACACUCGCUCGGACGCGAUAUCUGCGUGGGCACGGGUCGCCGAACUAUGUCGGCGUACUGGCGAUGAAUGUGCUUGGCGCGCCAUCCUGUCUGCCUUGUGCGCGCGGCCUAUUGCUCGGCUGGAUAAGGUCUGGAAACGGGUCGACGGUGAAGCGCUGCGCAUUACCCAAUCGUGGGUGUACCCGCAUGACGGGCAGGACACGUCGAAGACGACUGAACCGAAGACAAUUCCUUGGGCUGGCGACCGCAUCUUGCAAAUGCACUCUGCGCUCAACUCUGCGGCUCUUCGCGAUAGCGAUGACUGGAUCGUGGACAAGCUAGCAGACGCUUGGCGCUCAUACGACAGCUUGAGAACCGACUUCUCUCUCGCUUCUCGUCAGAUCGACCCUAAGCACAACAAGGACAACGCUGACGACGUCGAGAUCCUUGCCACUCAUUGGGAUGACUUAUCGUCACCCGAUUACCUCGCUGGCAGCCUUCAGACGAAGUUCCAAAGGAUCGAUCAAUUCAUGUCUCUUUCUCUUGCCGUCGAACCGCGUCGCAAGGGUAUGUUCGAGCCAUUAUAUUGGACCCGCCCUCCGGUACAGAACAGUUUCCAUCUCUUGACGCCCCUCCUCUUCCCUGAGCCUUUGCCGACUGCUGCAUGCAUCAAUCGUUCACUUCUCUUCCGUGGCCGCCUAGACAGCACCGCCUCGACGAUGAACAUUCAAGACUUACAGUAUCUGCGUGAGCUGCACAACGUCCAGCCACGAGUCACUUCUGAGGCUGCGAAGGUGAACGGGUUCGACCUCGGCGGGACUGUCAUCAUGGUUUAUGAUGGCGAGCUCAUGCUGCUUGUGCAACCUGCUGAUCCAGCCACCACAUCAAGGCCUCCUUCGCGACCGCCGAGCUCCAGUGUGGAAGCGUCGCCAGCAGAGAAGAGCGGCUUCGCGCGUAACCCGUCGGUGCGCGUCAAGCCAGGCCAGAAGGGUUUAGAGCGGAAGCCGAGCCAGCUUCGGCGAAGCUCGCUCCCAGCGCUGUCGAAGAAGCCUAGCUUUGAACCGGAGAGUCUAUCAACAGAGAGGCCGCUCCGCGUGGUGAUCCAAGCUGGCACACUCGAGAGGUUGGUCACUGUCCUUGUCGAAGGCCUACAUGGCGUCUCUGUAUCAGUGGCGGAUGACAACGGCGAGAUGCCUCUGAACGACAAGAAGACUCGGGAGCUGAGGGUUGAUAUGGAUGAUUUCUGCAAAGUUUGGUGGAAUACGUUCAGGAGCUUUAUCACCCCGCAUGUCUUCUUUGAGCUGCUGCGGAAGAAGUAUGUCGGCGCACAGGUCAGGUCAGCGUCUCCUCCCUCCGCAGAAGUCGCGGCUGUAGUUCGCGCCCGAACGGAAGUUCUCGAGGCGAUAAGUCGGUGGAUACACGAAGGUGGCGGUGCCCAGGAUGCGUUGGAUGACUCUCAGCUGCACUCUGCCUUCGUCGCUUUCUUCAAUAAUCCAACGGAGCACGUCCCUGUUCCCGAAGCCGCCGAAGUUCCCCAGGUACGGCGGGGUUUUGCAACUAUCAAUGAGAACAGAAAAGCUGUCUUCCAAUCAUUUAUGUUGCAAACGAUGCGACCAGUUGUCCGAGCCGUUUCGAGCGCAGAAUUGUUCUCGGAGCAAGCCUCAGUGCCCUUGUUCGGACCCGAAAUACCAGAUUUCGACCAAACGAAACCCGAGGAUUUGGUGAACAACAUGGAUGCUAUGGCAGCCGCGGCCUUCCGUAAUGUUACUCAAGAAGAUCUAUUCUUCACCGCGGACAUCCUCGAAGUGCAAUCUGCCGACCGCAUCGGCUGGUUCUUGAAUCGAGACCCUACCUCUAUCUCCGAUGAAGUGGAAAUCCAGUCGAUCCAUACAUACAUUCAAGAUAUCGAUAUCUCGCCUACAAUCUCCGAGCUUGGCCAGGAGUCGCUCUAUCGACAUCUGCCUCCCUCAGUGCGCACUUGUAUCCGUGCCUUUGCAAUCAUCAAGAGGUGGCUCGUAUCGAAGGUCGCUGCUCCUCGGAUCGGUCUGAAAGCCCGUCAAGCUCGUAUGGAAACCUUGCUUCAUGCGAUCGAAAUUGCGCGUCGUCGCAACUCGGAACCUGGUGAAGGCGACCGUGCAGCCAUUGAGAAGCCGGUUAUCCGAUCGUUCGUUGAGGCAGCUAUCGUGUCUGCUAUUCUCAGUGUGGAGAGUCGUAUGUAUCACCGUGCUUGGCAGACACUCUCGGCUUCUAGAGGGUCGGUAUGCGAUAAUCUGGCGUCCCUGCUGCAGAAACCAGCCGUUGAACGACCUGUAUCACGAGAGCCUCUCACGGUCGACAUGGGAUGGCUGCUAGAGCGCAUGCUCGAGAUGAUCAGCAUGCCCGAUAUCCUCGAGCAGGAGAGCAACAGUCUUGUGAAUCUUGACAAGCGCAGGUUACUUCACGGGUUGCUGACAACGAAUGCUCAUGGGUCAUAUCGGAGGUCCCGCCAUCGAGUAGGCGACACCAAGAAGGAUUUCGAGCGGUUAAACAACAUCGAGCACGAGCUAUCCAAUUUUCACUUCGACCUUCGGGCUAUCAGAGAAGAUGCCUACCGUGAAGCAUGUCAGACGCCAACACCCACUAGUCGCAAGCAGCCUCGUCCGUUCCACACUCUGGUGAGCCUUCAACAGGAGAAGUACAAACGCGACAGGGCCUUGCGCGACAGGCUGAGUAAGGAGAAGCGACAAGAGCAACAAAGGCAAGAUAAACGUGAAGAGUACCUCAACAAAGCAAUGCACGUCCGUCGCCCUCAGGCAACCAGCGCCAAACAACAUCGUACGAAGAAGAGCAGUGUCUCUUCUGCCAUCAUGCACUUCAUGCGCCCUAUCUCAAGUGCAUUCAUCUCUGAGAGCGUUAUUUCGACAACGAAGCGUACGCCCGCCGAGCUCGACUUCGUUCCUCUACACAAACCGGCGAUGGUUCUUAACAUCGUUGACGCUCGGGUCUCCGCGUUCAUCAACAACGAACGGUCGUUCACCUUCCAACUGGACACAGAAGAUGGCGGACACUAUCUCUUGCAGGCUAUGGACAAGAACGAGAUGAAGAAGUGGAUCGAGACGAUUGAUCGGGUGUCGAAGACUGCAGCUAAACGUCGUCUGACGUACAUGGGCCAGAACUCGAAGAUGCAGAUGUCCGACCAUCUUCUAGGUGCUGGGGAAGCCUCGAGAAACCCUAAGGCUGUGUUCGGCGUAGACCUUGAGACGCUACUCAAGCGGGAAUCACCCGAUGGCGAGAUUUCUCCUGGGGCGGUACCUUCCAUUAUUCAGCGCCUUAUCGCAGAAGUGGAGUCAAGAGGAUUAACAGAAGUGGGCAUCUAUCGUCUUGCCGGUGCUCAUUCAGAAGUGGGUGUACUCCGAGAUGCUCUCAACCAAGGCGAGUGGCCUAUCGACGCAUACACGGACAUCAACGCUGUCUGCGACCUGAUCAAGAGCUGGUUUCGGGUUCUUCCUGAUGGCAUGUUUCCUGCCCCUGCGCAUAUCAAGAUUAUGGAUGCUGCCGUCAACGAAGAAUCAGACCUGGAUUCACGAUUGGCUAACAUGCGUACAGUUGUCCAUGAAUUGCCCCGGACGCACUUCGAUUUGUUGAAGCGGCUGAUCGAACAUCUCGACAAGGUAACCGACUUUGAAGAGAAUAAUCAGAUGACUGCAGACUCGUUGGCGACUGUCUUUAGCCCGAACCUCGUUCGGUCUGCUGAAGACGAUGUCAACUUCUUCUUUGCAAAUAUGGGAAAGGCGCACAAAGCGACGAAGAUGCUCAUCUCUCAUGCUCAUAUUAUAUUCAACGACAUCGAGCUGGAUCUCGAUGCCGACCAUGAAGCAGAGUCGGAAGACGAGUAUGAACACUUUGAUGAGCCGAUCCCAGAAGAAGACGAAGAAGAUACUGAAUUACGCUCAGAUGACCAGGAUGCAACCGACGACGAUGACCCUGAGACCCAGACGGUCAUCGCGCACCCACCUGUUCUGGACUUCACGUUACCGAGCCCUUGUGACUUAUCCAUACCUAUGCCUCCCACGUCUCCUUAA